AUGGAAAAACGAGAAAAAAUAGUAAAUCACAACAACCAGCAGUCCCUUCAUUCAAAGAAAGCAGCUGGAAUAUCAUUAUCUUCCAAAGCACAAUCCAGAAUUCAAACAGCAAAAAUGGCUGAAAGAAAUAUCAUCAAACCCUCUCAGCAAAGAAGGAUAGAAAGAGAGAAACAAAAGCAGAAACCUCCAAUUCCUUCAUAUAUUAAGAAAGAAAACAAAAAGCCUGAAACCCCGAAAAAUAACGAAAAUCUAACAAUGAAAUCUUACUUAGAUGAUCCAGAAUGUAUACAAUUACGCGAAGAUAUAGCCAAUGGUGGAAGUAUUUCAGACGUUGAAACUGAAAAACUCACUGUUUUAACAGCACAUUUACGUGAAUACGCUGUUCAAUGCGGAAAAGAAAGAAAUUACUCAGAAGCCAAAAUGGCAAACUCAAUAUUUGACUUUGUAAAUGGUGAAUUGUCUAUUAGAAAGUCACAAGUCGUCGUAGAUCGGUCUCUUGAAAAUAAAUUUGAAGAAGAUAGAAACGAUCUUAUCCAAAAACACAAGGAACAGCGUGAUGACUUAACCCAACGCUUCAACGAGAAAAGGAAAAAGCUUGACGAAAAAUUAAACGAAGAAACUGAAAAAUUCGAAGAACAAUGGCGAACAGAGAUGCCACGAAAAUACAGAAAACCAUCAUCAGCACUUCUAGAGCUGAUCGAUAAGGAAGAUCGCUUUGCAAAAGCUGGAGAUUUCGAUGGUGCCGCAAUUGUUAAGAAAGAAGUUGAUGCCCUUGAAGAAAAAGAAGCCAGAACAGCUCAAAAGCAAAUGAUUAAGGAUUACAAGUCAGCCAAACGUAAAUUAGAAAAUAAACAAAAUAGUGAGCGUGAAACCUUCGAAAACAAAUACAACCAUCAACUGGAGUGCUUGAUUGCACAACAGAAGAUUGAAUUAGAGCAAUCCGAUAACAGAAUGAACGUAAUUAAUCAAAAACAAAUCGAACAACUCAAAGAACCCGUCAAAUCUACAAAAAUCAUGCCAGCGCAUGCUCAAACGCACAUACCCGUUGCUCAGAGAGAAAGAAUCCUUCCAGAUCUCAUUGCUCCUAACGAUGAAGAAAAAAUCCAAGAAUUUGAAAGGAAAGAAAGGGAAAGAUCCGAGUCCAAACAAAGCAAUUCACCAGAUAAAGCUUCUAAUAAAGAUGAUGUUGAACUUUUCAUUACAAACGCUGUUGCAGAGCCAGAACCAGAAGAAAACGAUUUCGUAAACGAAGAAGAAGAAAAGAAAAAUGAAGAAAAUACUGAUGAUUUCUCUUUGAGUGGUACAGUCAAGGAGAAACUGGAAGAUAUGGAAGCAUAA